CUCGCUCCCUCUCCUCCCUCCCUCUCUCCCUCCCUCCCUCCCUCUCUCUCGUUCACUGCGGCUGCGGGCGGCAUCCAUCGCCAAAGAAGACGAGGCACACGGAGCCCGGCGCCCGCCGCCGCCGCCAUCGCAGCCCGUCUCGCUGCCGGGGCUAGAUGCAGGCCAUCAAGUGUGUGGUCGUGGGAGACGGGGCUGUGGGGAAGACCUGUCUGUUGAUCAGCUACACGACAAAUGCCUUCCCCGGAGAAUACAUCCCCACCGUGUUUGAUAAUUAUUCUGCCAACGUCAUGGUAGAUGGGAAGCCAGUAAACCUGGGCCUGUGGGAUACAGCAGGACAAGAAGACUAUGACAGGCUACGGCCUCUUUCCUACCCACAGACAGAUGUUUUCCUGAUCUGCUUCUCACUGGUGAGCCCAGCUUCUUUUGAAAACGUCCGAGCCAAGUGGUACCCAGAAGUUCGACAUCACUGCCCCAACACACCAAUCAUUUUGGUGGGCACCAAGCUGGAUCUGAGGGAUGACAAAGACACCAUUGAGAGGCUGCGUGACAAGAAGCUGGCUCCCAUUACCUACCCUCAAGGUCUAGCUAUGGCCAGGGAAAUUGGUUCAGUCAAGUACCUAGAGUGUUCUGCCCUUACACAGCGUGGCCUCAAGACUGUCUUUGAUGAAGCCAUCCGUGCUGUGCUCUGUCCUCCCCCCGUGAAGAAGCCUGGAAAGAAGUGCACCGUGUUCUAAGGGCAUCUGAGUUCAGCAUGUUUUGGGUGUCUCCUCCUUGUUAUGUGCCAGGAGGAAGCGUUCGCUGGGUGUUCCCGCAAUGGGAGAGGCGGGGCCCUUCAUCAUGUACGAAGUCAGUGUUUUUUAAAUGUCUCUUUGAUUUAACGUCUGUGUCGAUGUAAAAGGGCCGCAUGGGAGGAGGAGGAGCUCAAUGCUGUCCCACCCCCAGGGUGGGAAGUGCAUGCUCCCCAUGUCUCCAUGCCAGGGGGGGUAAUGCGUGAAUGGAAAGACCAGCCCUUUAUUACUACUUCUAUUGGUGCUAGAGCAUUGUGGCAGGAGCAGGUAACAAAUCCCAGCUGGGGCAGGGAAAGACAAAUGGGACACAGGUUGAAGAAGUAGCCUUUAUAGUGCUUUAUUUGCACGAAACACUAGCAAAGCUAAAUGAUCAGUGCAGCUCUGUGCCAUCCCAAGCUGCCUUUGCCUUUCAGGAUAUCAGCCUGUGUGCUGCUCCUCAGCUGGUUUUACAGACCAUCAGCUCUCCCAAAGAUGGAGAGUCGGAGGAAGGCCUCUUUACCUUGUCCAGCCUGAGCAGGACAGGGCCAGAUGGCAGGAACCUUUCUGUAAGAUUAAAGAUGAUGCAGGUGGAAAGGGUUAUGGCCAACCCCUUCCUUUUGUCAGGUGGGAUGGACUGGGGGAUGGAGCAGGGAGAGCUUUGGAGGGGUUGGGAUGGAGACGGGUCCAGUUUUUAAUCAUCGUGUAGAGUGAUGAGCUGAACACCUCUUAUUUUAUACAAUAAACAUUUCUCCAUAAGUAA